UGUGUGACCCCCCGCGCGGCGCUGGAUGGACGCGCGAGACGUCGACGAGAGAGAAGGAGAGAGGACGACGCGGCGCGGCUCGACUCCACUCAACUAACCCUGUCCGCUCGCUCGCUUUCUGCACGUUUCGAUGAUUGAUUUAAACUAGUGUUCACCUAUAAUGUGCGUGCACUAGUAGAGUGUAAACACACACACACACGUUAUAUAUAAGUAUAUAUAUAUAGAGAGAAAGAAAACUCUCGAGUUUCCCGUGUGUAGGAGAAGAGGAGGCGAACGGAGCUGCUGCUGCUCUGCCGUUUUUUUAAAAAAAAGGUGGAGGAUUUGUCAGUGGCUCAAACUGCUUCAAACCAAAGGCGAGUGAGUUGAGUGUGAGUGUGAAAAGCGGGUUGGGCUGGGAGAAGAAAGCAGGAGGAGAAGGAGGAGGGAAAGUAGUAGGAGAAGAAGAAGAAGAAGAAGAAACGGCAGCAACGCAACGGCAACGGCAGCAGCAGCAGCAGCCGCCCUGUUAGAGGAGAGAAAAUGGGGUGCACCUUGAGUACCGACGACAAGGCGGCCGUGGAGAGGUCUAAGAUGAUCGACAGAAACCUGCGGGAGGACGGCGAGAAAGCGGCCAGAGAAGUCAAACUGCUGCUGUUGGGUUCUGGUGAAUCAGGCAAAAGUACCAUUGUUAAACAGAUGAAGAUUAUACAUGAGGAUGGUUAUUCAGAAGAAGAAUGCAAACAGUACAAAGCUGUUGUGUAUAGCAACACUAUUCAGUCUAUCAUCGCCAUUAUUCGGGCCAUGGGAAGAUUGAAGAUCGAUUUUGGUGACCCAGCAAGAGCUGAUGAUGCUCGCCAAUUGUUUGUCUUGGCUGGUGCAGCAGAAGAAGGGUUCAUGACUGCAGAGCUUGCAGGAGUAAUCAAGAGGCUGUGGAAAGACAGUGGUGUUCAGGCCUGCUUUAAUAGAUCCAGAGAGUAUCAACUUAAUGACUCAGCUGCAUAUUAUCUGAAUGACUUAGACAGGAUAUCACAAGCAAGCUAUGUUCCAACUCAGCAAGAUGUUUUGAGAACCAGAAUUAAAACUACAGGCAUUGUGGAAACUCAUUUCACAUUUAAGGAUCUACACUUUAAAAUGUUUGAUGUGGGUGGCCAGAGGUCUGAGCGCAAGAAAUGGAUCCACUGCUUUGAAGGAGUAACUGCUAUCAUAUUCUGUGUGGCGCUCAGUGAUUAUGACCUGGUUCUUGCAGAGGAUGAGGAAAUGAACCGAAUGCAUGAGAGUAUGAAACUGUUCGACAGUAUCUGUAACAACAAAUGGUUUACAGAUACAUCCAUCAUUCUGUUCUUGAACAAAAAGGAUCUCUUUGAAGAAAAGAUUAAAAGGAGUCCGCUCACAAUUUGCUUCCCUGAAUAUGCAGGAUCAAACACAUAUGAAGAGGCUGCAGCCUACAUACAGUGUCAGUUUGAGGAUCUGAAUAAACGAAAGGACACCAAGGAAAUCUACACUCACUUCACAUGUGCCACCGACACCAAGAAUGUGCAGUUUGUGUUCGAUGCAGUUACUGAUGUCAUCAUAAAGAAUAACUUAAAAGACUGUGGUUUGUUCUAAAGCUGUUGAAACAAGCGAUUGAAGGAGAACAUCUAAGCAGACAUAAAGCCGUCUGCUUUGGAGCUAAAUACUAAGCAGCAUACGCUGAUGGAUGGACCAGUACUGUACAAUUUACUAGUUUUAACAGCUAUAUUUAUGUUCUUGUAAAUUUUUUAAAGUAAUUAGAGUAGUCCACAUUCAGAAUUGUCUAAUUUGUACGUAUGCCUAUAUUUGUACCAACGUUUAUUGUAAAGCUUUUUUAAAGUUUUUUUUCCUCUAAGGGCUCUUAAGUCAGACUUCCUUUCAGGAGGAGAAUAUUUGAGUUCUUAAAGUACAUAAAUUCCUUUUUCGUUUGUUUCUGCAUGUCUUUCUAAUUAUGUAAAAUACUUUGCUUGGCAGCAUGAAGCAUGGAUUCUUUAAGCUAGCUGUUUUAAUGUGCCCACCUUAUUUGUUUUCAUACAGUAAUUGGGUGCAGCGCUGGUAUUCACCUCUCCAUUUGAGGACACAUUUUACCAUGUCCAUUGUUGCUUUCACAGCAGAUUGAAUACUAGUUGUCUGUUCUUGUGUAUUGCCUUAAAGGUAAUGCUCAAAUUUUAUAACUUUUAAACUGAAGCAAAUUGAAUUUUGUUUGUAAAUAAGAAUUAAAAUUUGUAUGUCUUUUGAAAGUAUUGUUCUUAACAGUUGGAAGAUGAUUUUGAACCAAUAUAUCACUGAAUAUAUGUAAUGAAAUGUUUGAAAACCAGUUUACGCUCCACCACAGAAAUGUGACUUAAUGGAAAUCCACUUGAUUCAAAGGAUAUCCUUUCUGUGUAGGAGCUUACAAGAUGAGAAUUCUGGUUAGUGAUACUAGAAGAGAUAACUUGAGUUUAUGUUGGUAAGGAAAAAAAGUAUGUUUUUUGUGUAUUUUUUAAAAGCUGUUCUUUGAUUAUGUAAAUUUUAAAUUGGAAGGGCAGACCAGUCACUGGGGGCCUGUUAACCCUACAAACCAAAGCCCUAAUGGGUAGGGUAGCCCUAGCCUGGAGAAGCAGUGUGAAAGCUUGGCAGACAGUAAUAUCAAUGGCAAUAGUGAUAUCAAUUGUGGUUUUAGCUGGUUCGACUCCAGCAGUACUCUAGGAUCGCCAAGUCUUGACUCUUGCCAACUUGCGCCUGAUAUUUUCUGGAAUUAGAUAAGCAGGAUGUGUCCCUCCAGUGAGAGAUUGUGCAUUCCUUUUCAAGUUAUCUCUGGAAUUUCCAUGUGAUGUGGGAUGCAUGAAAUUCUCCGUUUGGUUACUCUUAAGUAUGGUGAUCUGGGAUUCCACAUGUGUCAGACAUUUGGCUGACCCCCCCCAGAAAUAUAAAUAAAUAAUUUUUCAAUCACAAAAAUUACAAUCCACUUUGGUUGCUUCCUGCUAUACAGGAUAGCAGUUCAUAGAUUGUUACCAAAAGUUCUACAUUAGUGUUAGAAUUCAAAUCUUUUAAUCUUGUUUCUGUUCAUUGGUUUCUGAAUGGUCUUAAAUGUCAAACUUUUUGACUGUUAAAAGUUGUUUUAUUUUGAAAACUUACCACCUUUUUUGUGUAAGUGGAUUCCUGUACUCCUAUGUUGUGAUAUAAAAAAAUGUAUCCAUGAGAUAUUUCAGUAAAAGUUGCCAUUUAGUGAAUUGUCUUCAUGUACUAGUUUCUGAAAGUUCUUCACAAUGUAAAUUUGAGCCUUUUUUCUUUAUGGAUGUUACAAUCAUUUGACCAACUUUGCAGUCAUUCAUUUUGGGUAGAUUAUGAGUGCUAUGUAAACUAAGUUUGAAAUGAGUACAUGUAUACCAUCUCUGACAAGCAGGCAGGGCCACAAUCAUUGUAUUAAUUUUUAUAUUUAAUAUAAAGCUACAUAGUCCAUAGGUUCUCAGGCAGUUGCAGACCAACAAUGGGCCUAAGGAGAAUUUGCAAAUUCCUGGGGUUAAGUUUAUGCAUUUCAGUGACAUUGGCCAAGCAUAUUGGUUAUUUGUAUGAACUAUAUAGUUAAUUUAUGCAAGAAUUUUUUUGAUUUGUCCAACCAAUAUAAUUAAGAAAAAUAGUACAACCUAUACUAGGAGAAAAUGGUGCUCGUGUUGCAGAAGAUGUCAUAUAAAGAAUGAAAAACUACAACCUGUUUUGUAAGAUUUACUUGCUUUUAAAUGCUCACUUCACAAAAGAGGUGAUUAGGACACAGAAAACCAACAAUUCACCAGGUUUAUUUAUAAUCUAUUCCAAAUAGAUAGUGGAGUCCUGUAGCUGAGUGAUUAGAGCACUCGCCUUGCAAGCGAGACACCUGGGUUCAAUUCCAGGCAGGCCGAAACCUUGGGCAAGUUUCUUUACUCCACACAGAGCCUAUUAAUAAUCCCUCCAAAUAAAUAAAUAAAUAAUUGGCCAUUUUCAAUCCAUGACUGUUUGUGGGACACUGCUGUGCGCAAUUGACUGCCUGUUUCUCCCACAAAUAUACAAUCAAUUCACUUUACAGUAUAUUCUGUGAAGCGCAUUGAGACGUCUAGAAGAUGUAAAAAGCGCGAUAUCAAAUGCAAGGAUUAUUAUUAUUAAAAACUUGAUGUGCCUUGCUGGUGUGAAGUUUUUACGUCAACCAGGACAUUCUUUGUUAAACAUUUUCUGAUUGAGGAAAGGGUGGGUUCCACAGUUUAUUUGGUUAUACUUAAUAUAAAGAAAACAACCUGGUAGAAGUUAAACAUGGGACCACCUUUUGUCAUUCGUGAAAAUGUAAAAGGUUCUUAGAAAACUACUGACUACAAUAUUGGUGUUCAUUACUACUGCAUUUUUUAACUUGGUCUGUACCAUCGUGGAUGUCAGUGAGCUUAAUAAAAUUAUGUAACAUUU